UAUCAGACCACUCCAUUGCUCUACAGUAGCAGGAUCCUCGCUGGUAUAUCGGGUCCAAGAACAUAUCAUGUCGGUUCUGGGGAGGCGCGGAGCUUGCGAGCUUCGAGCUUUGGCUACUUGCAGCUCGCCAUAUAUCGCGAGCUCUUUUCGGCCCUUCUCCAUUCUCAAUCGGCCACAGCCAAGUUAUCCCGGCCAUGUCCCAUUGACUACUAUCGAGCGUGGUGCUCUGGCUGUUGGUUCAGCAAUUGGGUCUUUGAUUAACCCACGAAGAGCAGACCUAAUUGCAGCUCUCGGCGAGGCCACCGCAACUCCUUACUUUAUUUACCGUCUCCGAGAUGCAAUGCUCUCCGAUCCAACAGGUCGACGUAUUCUCCGCGAUCGACCCCGCAUCACCUCCGAAACUCUCCAAAUGUCCUAUCUCCGCACACUCCCCGAGAACUCCGUCGGCCGCACAUACGCUACUUGGCUCGACCGAGAGGGCGUGUCCCCAGAUACUCGCGACAAUGUCCAGUAUAUCGAUGACGAAGAAUGCGCCUACGUUAUGCAGCGGUACCGUGAGUGCCACGACUUUUACCACGCAGUGACGGGGCUGCCGAUCUUCGUGGAGGGCGAGCUUGCGCUGAAGGCGCUGGAGUUCUUGAAUACACUUCUGCCCAUGACCGGUCUGAGUCUGUUCGCGUUUAUUCGAAUGAAGCCUGCUGAGAAGGAGCGCUUUUUGACGUUACAUUUGCCGUGGGCGGUGCGCAGCGGACUGGAUAGCAAGGAGUUGAUCAAUGUUUAUUGGGAAGAGGUGUUGGAGAAAGACGUGGACGAGCUCCGGGCUGAACUCCAUAUCGAGCGACCGCCGGAUUUGAGGGAGAUUCGGAAAAUGAUUCGGCAACAGCAGAAGCGGGAAAAGGAGAGACAGCAGCAGAUGUCGAGCUAAGGGACUGUGCUUGCGUCACGUUGCAAGGUUCUUCUGCCCUAAGAUGAAUGUGUAUGAUUAUAGUUUUGUAGAGAAUAUCCCCCAAUACCAAAUGAAACGACAGUAUCACCUAGAAAGAGAAUUUCAACCCGUCCGGGACGAGAAAACAGACCGCAAACGCCGGAGAUAUAUUUUGAGCAGGACCCGGUCAAGGUAAUCCACAAUGGGAUAAGAAAAAAAUAGGGAAUAAUCCAAACACUCAAACACAGGAAAAUGGACUAAGGCUAAGCGCGAAUCACGACUAUCACUCGGCUCUUCUACAGAUCGAGCAAAUCAUCAUCGUCAUCCCAGCCGCCUUUACGCCGGCUAAUCACAAUCUUGUGUUCCUCCUCUUCCUUGCGCUGGUUUUCUGCCACGGCGUUCAGGAGCUCCUUCAGCUGUUCCUCGGUCACCUUUUGACGGAUCUGGCCGGUCUGGGCUAGCAUCAUAAGUCGAUUCUCGAUGUCGACGGCACGAGACUCCUUAACGAGGCGGAUGCGGCCGAGACGAUCGGCAGCGGCGGGGUCGAGAAUUUGGCUCAUGAUGGCGGCACGGCGGUCAGCUGUGAUAGCAAUGGGUGUUAGUUUGUCAUGUGAAUCAUACGAGUUGUAUUAUAUGCGGAUGUAAAACCAAGCAAAGUGAGGAGGGACUCGAGGAGCUUGCGCCGCUCGAGUCUUGCGGGGAGACUGGAGGUUGUGGUCACCUACAUUCGGC